UAAAUACAAUCACAGUAUCACCUACGAGGCUACGAGCUUUAGUAAAGUAAAAUCUCUCCCUCGAAAUUUUAACCGGCCACCACGAUCGCUUGAAGCGCCAAAACCCUCCACAAAACUCAACAAUGCUCGACCGAUUUCCCCCGGAAAUAAAAUCUGAUAUUCUAAGUCGACUUCCUGUCGAUGACCUCCUGCGAUUCCGAUGCAUAUCCAAGUCAUGGUGUGCCCAAAUCGACGACGGUGCAUUUAUCAAAACCCAUUUGAAAAAAUUCUUCAACGUCUACUCUAGUCUCAAUCUCAUUUUCUCAGGCUGCUUCUACUUGGCAAGCUUUGAGUCGCUUGGCACAGCCGUUGAACUCGAUAACCCUUUGAAGGGUCCCUCUGAUGCACAUCACGAUAUCAAGUUGGUGGAUUCUUGUAAUGGGUUGGUAUGCUUUGGUGAUGCUGUUGGAACCAUUGCUUUGCUGAACCCAUUAACCAGAAAGCACCACAUUCUACCCUUUUUGCCCCUUGAUUUCCAGCUUGAGGGAAAAUCUACAUGGGCUGCUUGGGCUUUUGGAUUUGGGUAUGACCCCAUUAGUGAUGAUUACAAGGUGGUGAGGCUUGGGCAGUAUCUUAGCUUGUCUGAUCAGUUCUUUGACACAGAAACUAAUGUUUACAAUCUUAAAGCAAACACAUGGAGGAAGAUUCAAGGUAUGUCUUAUGUGCUUGGUUUUGAUCAGAAGAUGGGUGUACUUGCAGGAAAUGCGUUGCAUUGGCUAGUGGGUCGAAAUCGGAUCAUGCGUAACCCCAACCUGAUUGUUGCUUUUAAUCUUGAGGUUGAGGACUUUAGGGAGGUGCCAGCGCCUGAGAGUAUUGGUGAAAAUCUUUCUAUCGAUUUGGGGGUCGUAGGAAAAUGGCUAUCGCUGACUGCAAAUUAUGAGUGUAUGCGCCUGGAUGUUUGGGUGAUGAAGGAAUAUGGAGUGGAAGAAUCUUGGACUAGACUCUUUGUGAUCACACCCAACGAAGUAGCACCUUUAAAAUGUUUGAGAACCUUAGCUUUCUCAAAGAAUGGUGAUGAACUUCUACUGGGUGUGCAGGCUGGAAACCUUGUCUGGUAUAACCUGAAAGAAAAGAGUGUCAAGAGGGUGGAGAAACCUAUUUCUGUGACUCCUUUUGCAGUGAAGGCUUUUCGUGGAAGCCUUGUUUCUCCCUGUGUUAGCAAAGAAAAAACUGAUGCGAAGAAAGCCAGACCACGGAAGGGAAGGAAGAAUAGGAAGAGGGCAUGCCCUUGUUUCUCAGGGACGAAUUCCUAUCAGAGGGGUUUAAGUUGGCUUUGUAGGUAAAUGGAACAGAGUAGGGACGAAUUCCUAUCAGAGGGGUUUAAGUUGGCUUUGUAGGUAAAUGGAGCAGAGUAGGAUCAAGGAUAGGUAGAGUCCUCAUACUGGUGGAAUAAAGCUGUAUUAGCACAUGAGAUGCUCUGAUGGUGGAAGGAAGUGGGGUUAGACUUUGGCCAUCUCUCUGCUUUGUAAAAAAAUCUUUCUACAUAUGAAUAUCUGCUUUUUGUAUAGCCAAAGACCUUUUUACUUGCAAGUUGUCCUGAAAGUAAAGGUUAGCAUACACACUUGAAGGUUGUAAAAAAAUGGUAUGAAUUGAUAGUUUGAAGUUUGAACAUUUUGCUUAUAUCCCAUUAUGCUAGUGCAAAUUGAGGCUGUUUUGAAA